UUUUUUUAUUUCUUCAUAAAAAAUAAAAAAUAACAAAUCUCUAAUCAAAAUUCUUGGUGAUAGCUACUUUUUUCUUUUGGGGUUUGAAAAGUCAAAGUCUUAAAUGUUUUUCUUAAUUGUUUUCUUUAAAAGGAACACUAAAAUGAAAUUAUCAUUCGUACUUGGAAAAAAAAAAGGGCAUUUUAGCUUUGCUCUCUUUCCAUAUUCUUCUCCAUAUCAUUUCUUGUACAUUUUCUGAGACUCUUUUGUAUACAUUAUUAUAGUUGAUAUAUAUAUAUAUAUAUACAGUGAUAAACUGUUUAUUAUAAUGGCUGAUCUGCAAGAAGAGCGUAGUUUGGAGGAAACUCCAACCUGGGCUGUUGCUGUAGUGGUCUUUGUGUUGAUUAUCAUAUCUAUAAUCAUUGAACAUGUUAUUCAUCUCAUAGGAAAAUGGUUAGAAUCCAAACACAAAAAAGCCCUUCAGGAAGCGCUUGAGAAGAUUAAAUUAGAGCUUAUGCUAUUGGGAUUCAUUUCGCUGCUCUUAACAAUAUUCCAAGAUUACAUUGCUGACAUAUGUAUUCCAAAAAGUGCAGCAAACACUUGGCAUCCUUGCCAAUACCAAAAUAAUGAAGAGAAAAAGGCUAAGGAAUCAGAUAAAACAAAAUCAAAAACAAUAGAUUAUUGUUCAGAAAAUGGUAAAGUUGCUUUAGUGUCUAAAUAUGGGAUUCACCAGCUUCAUAUAUUCAUAUUUGUCUUGGCUCUUUUCCAUAUUAUAUAUUGCAUUACCACCUUGGCUAUUGGCAGAACCAAAAUGAGAAAAUGGAAAGUUUGGGAGGAUGAGACAAAGAAAAUUGAGUACAUAUAUAGUAACGAUCCUGAGAGAUUUAGAUUUACAAGAGACACAUCAUUUGGAAGAAGGCAUUUGAACAUUUGGAGCCAAUCACCAAUUUCACUUUGGAUUGUAUGCUUUUUCAGACAAUUUUUCGGGUCAGUCACUAAGGUUGAUUACAUGACACUGAGGCAUGGAUUUGUAAUGGCACAUUUGGCUCCAGAAAGUGAAACAAGAUUUGAUUUUCAGAAGUACAUCAGCAAAUCACUUGAUCAGGAUUUUGUAGUUAUUGUUGGGAUAACCCCAGUAAUUUGGUUCGUUGCAGUAUUGUUUCUACUGUCCAACACAUAUGGAAUAUACUCUUAUUUGUGGCUGCCAUUUCUACCUUUGAUUAUAAUAUUACUGGUGGGAACAAAACUUCAAGUAAUCAUAACAAAGAUGGGAUUAAGCAUUCAAGAGAGAGGAGAUGUGGUAAAGGGUGCACCAUUGGUUCAACCAGGAGAUGACCUCUUCUGGUUCGGACGGCCUAAAUUAAUGCUCUUUCUCAUUCACCUUGUUCUCUUUCAGAAUGCAUUUCAACUUGCCUUUUUUGCAUGGAGUACAUAUGAAUUUACCUUGAACACUUGCUUCCACGAAAAAAUUGAAGAUAUCAUCAUAAGAAUUUCAAUGGGGAUCCUCAUACAAGUUCUAUGCAGUUAUGUGACUUUGCCUCUAUAUGCUCUUGUCACACAGAUGGGGUCUACAAUGAGACCAGUAAUUUUCAAUGACAGAGUAGCAACAGCAUUAAAGAACUGGCACCAUUCAGCCAAAACCAAGAACAAGAAACACAACCGAAAUUCGGAGACAAACUCGCCAUUCUCAAGUAGGCCUGCAACUCCAACAUAUGGCAUGUCUCCAGUUCAUCUGCUGCAAAAUUACAGAAGCACAGCAACUGAUGGAUACUAUGGUUCUCCGAGGAUGUCUAAUGUCGAAAACGAUUACUAUGAGCCUGAAGGGACACCAUCUCCCAACAAUGGACCAUCUGCAGCAAGUGAAAUACAAGUGAAUAACUAUGAAGUUGAGAAGGAUAUAAGUGAGGAAGGACAGCCAAUGGUUCAGGAACCAAGCUCCUCCUCACAGCAAAAUGAGGUCAAGAUUUCCUUAUCUCACUUCUCAUUUAGGAAGUGAAAUAGAUAACACUACUGUUUUAGUCUUAUAAUAACUUCUUUUCUUUAUUUCUUAUUAUCUUUUGGUUAUGUACAUUUUGUUGAAGAUGAUAAUAUGUAUAAGCUUGAACUUGGUAGAAAAUGCUUAAUACAUAUCCAAUACCAAAUACAUGUUGCAUUGAUAGAUUAUGUUUUUUAAUCUUUAGGUAUUAUGUACUCAUAAACCAACUUAGUUUUACUUUUUGAAGUCAGUUUUGUUUAAUAGAUAAAUACCAUUUUGAUUCAAA